AUGUCUGUGAAGGCCCUCACAGGCAAGGCAUCAGGACUCCCCACUGUGAAAACACAGCUCCCACGAAGGCAUCCCCUGCUCCUUCUCCACCAGCACCCACCCUCUGACUGCGUCAGGAGAUCUAACUGGCUUUUCUGGUUACAGAUUCACCAGGUCAAGGGAGGGGAGAACAGUGUGUGUCAUCGUGAUGGGACGGUAACGCUGAUUCAUCUUGGCUGGGGACCCCAAACGUCUCCCCUCCUCCGACCCCGGCGCCGUCACCCAGGCUCCACGGGUCCGCGGGACAGAGCCUCGCAGAGCUCCUGGGAGCGUCGUGCCCUCAAAGCCAAGCGAUUAAGUUGGUUCCUCAAAUUGUUCCCGACAGGAGGGGCAGGAAAUAACACCGCGCUCCGGUGGCGGCCGCAGCAGGAAGGGGAGAAGCGCGGGCCGUCUCCCGGCAGUGCUGGCGGCCUCUCAUCGAUCUCGGGGGCUCCAGUGCCCGCGGCCCCCGACCCGCCCAGGUGGAAGGAAACAGGUCAGUGGCGGCUGCGGGCCCGGGCCAGGCGGGGCCUGACGGAGGCAAAGGCCGGGAGCCGGAGCCGAAGGCGGCCAGGAGGACCCCUGCGCCCUCUCCUCCGCGCCGCCCGCCGGGCUACCAGCCCAGCCACCCUGUGCGCGACGCGGCGACUUCUUGGCCUCUGGGAGUCGGGAAACAGGGCCCCAGCGCAGCCCAGGAGUCCGCGCACGGAGGCGCUAGGGGCGUCCCGCACUCGAAGGACACGCGCGCCUGGACGCCCCCCGGCGGGCGCCCCCCACGUACCCCCUGCCCCGCGCCGGCCGCGCUCCCCUCCCCCGCGCCGGUGUUCCAGGGGCGCAGGGCCGCGCGUCCAGCCCCAGACGCGCCGGGGGUCCCUGGGGACGCGCCAGCCUGGCCGUGGCGCGACGAUGGAGGAGCCGCAGCGCCCCCGCUCGCACACCGUCACCACCACCGCCAGCUCCUUCGCGGAGAACUUCUCCACCAGCAGCAGCAGCUUCGCCUACGACCGGGAGUUCCUCCGCACCCUACCGGGCCUCCUCAUCGUGGCCGAGAUCGUGAGUGCCGGCGGGCUGGGGGUGGCGGGGGCUCAGCCGGACCCCGGCGCGUGCUUCCGCCGUGUUUCUCGGAAUGGAGUCUGCUCAGAUCCUCCCGCGGGCUUCAGGGAACCGUUUUUGCUCAGCCUCGCCUUCUUCCCAAAGUGCAAAACUCAGACUCCCCUCUCCAAACGAGGUCCAAGAAACUCGGGCUCUGCUGGGAAGAAAGGGUGGUGAUCCUCAGGAUGUCUUGCUGGGGGAGAAAUUCAGCUUGUUGCGCCCUCUCGGUGGCGGCGGCAGAUUCUGGGAGCAGGAUGCUUGGCUUAGUGGCUGUUGAGUUUGUGCUGAGCGUCAGGGACACCUGGUGCCUCUCUCACCUGAUCUCCACGUGGAUGGCCUCCUCCCUCAAAAUAAAGGUUUCCUAAGAUCAGGGGAAGAGGAACGGGCUUCUUUUUCUGAUUAUUUCCUUGGUAGUCACGUUGGGGUGAGUCAGGAAAAUUUUGCUGAAUAAAAUCUGAGCGCCGCCACCUAUUUCGGGACCAAAGAGGUUUUCUGCCUAGUGCUGUGCACAUCCUGGUUUAGGCUCAG